AUGGACGCUGCUACACCGCUUUCACGGCCGACGCCGCAGCUCCGCUACAUGGACGUGUUGGUGGAGAGCAGCAACAACCAUGAACUAGCAGCGCUGGAAACAAUCCGGGAGGCCGGCCAGUCUCAAGGGAAUGCGACCGAAGAAGCCUCACUCAGCCCCAAGGAUACCGCCGCUGCGCGUGAUCGGCAACUCGUGACUCGCGUGCCAACGCCGGAGCGCAUUCGCCGCGCCUCGGCGCGCCUUUAUAACGACAUUCAUGCCAUUAUGGAUCGCCACGACGCUCGCACCGGCCGCGAGCUCAAGCUGCGUCGCCGCACCUCACGAGCGGCGGGCAUUUCGUACCUGGCGGAGCAGCCUCGUAGCCUACACCAGAAGACGGCUGUCGCUCCUCACAUCUCACCCGCGGCGAAGACGGCGCUACCCAAUGUGCAUCAGUUGUUUGAGGAGUCGAGGCGGGCUCACCUGGCAGAGACGCAGCAGCAGCGCACGUACUUCCCAUCCUCUAGCAAACCCACCGCUUAUUCCACCAAGAAUCCCAGCACGUUUAGCUAUCGAUUCCAGUCGCCUCCGUCAGCCGGCAGCACCGCGUAA